AUGGCUUCAUCUCUAGAAAAAGACCUCACCUGUCCUGUAUGCAGCGACAUCUUCAAGGACCCCGUGGUGCUGUCCUGCAGCCACAGCGUGUGUAACAUCUGUGUCCAGCAUUACUGGGAGAGCAAAGGCUCCAUGCAGUGUCCCGUCUGCAAGAACAAGUCCAGUGAAGCACCUACCUCAAGCUACGCUCUGAAAAACCUGUGCGAGCUCUACCUGAAGGAGAAGGGCAACGCGCAUGGGCAUGGGCGGUGUAAAGAGCACAAGAAGCACCUCAAGCUCUUCUGUCAUAACGACCAAGAGCUCUUGUGCCAGUUGUGUGAAGACUCAAAAGCACACAAAGGUCACAAGUGCAGCUCCAUCAGCAAGGCUGUGACUGAUUUCAAGGAGGAGCUGAUGGUCAAACUUCAGAAGAAGAUGAAGGACUAUGAGAAGGCCAGAGAUGACUGCCAUAGAACCAUCAUGCACAUAAAGACUCAGUCGAAACAAACAGAGAAACACAUCAAGAAGAUCUUCUCCGAUCUUCACCAGUAUCUACGAGAUGAGGAGAAGGCGAGAAUCGCUGCCUUGAAGGAGGACGAGAAACUCAAGAGCCAACUGAUGAAGAAACAGGUGGAUAAGAUUACAUCUCUUCCGGAAUCAAUCAAAGCCAUCAGAGAGGAGAUGGCUGCAGAUGACAUUACAUUUCUACAGAACUACAGGAGUACAGUGGAAAGAGCCCAGUGCUCACUGAAAGAUCCAGAGAAGCUUUCAGGAGCUCUGAUCAAUGUGGCAACGCACCUGGGCAACCUGAAAUUCAAAGUCUGGGAGAAGAUGCAGGAGAUUGUGCAAUACUCUCCUGUCACGCUGGAUCCCAACACUGCACACACAGGACUGAUGCUGUCUGAAGAUCUGACCAAUGUGAAGCGUAGUGAUGAGAAACAACAACUGCCUGAUAACCCAGAGAGAUUUGAUAGAUACUUCACUGUGGUAGGCUCUGAGGGCUUUGACUCAGGGACACACUGCUGGGAUGUGGAGGUUGGGGAGAAUUCUUGUUGGGGCGUGGGGGUGAUGACAGAGUCUGUCCAGAGGAAAGGGGAGUGUGCCACCAAGAAUGGACAGUGGUAUUUCUGGUACAAAGAUGGCAAAUAUUGGGCAUGUGCCACGCCCCAUCCCUCCUUUCUCCUGGCAGUCAGGCAGAAACCCCAGAGGAUCAGAGUGCAGCUGAACUGGGACAGACAAGAACUGGUGUUUUCCGACCCCGAUAGCAACACACACCUGCACACCCUUGAAGACACUUUCUCUGAGAGAGUGUUUCCAUACUUAAACACAGGAGAGUUCCCCCUUAAAAUCCUACCAGUGAAGGUGUCAAUAGCAGCAACGCAGCAACUCAGCUAGGGGUGACAUCACUGACAGUGCAGUGCACUAACAUGCAAGGAAUAUUCUUUUAAUUGGAAUGGUUGCAGUAUUACGUUUGUGUGCAAGUCAUGUACAGCCUCUAACUGCAGUUUUGUUGCCUGUGUUGAUGAAACAACAGCUAAUAACCUGACAAUUGACUCCAGAAGUCGCAGUGGCUGUAAACUCCUUAUUCAUUCCCAUUCUGUCCGUGCUUCUGGAAUAUUCCAGUUCCGGAAACGCUGUUUCACACACAUUAAUGGAUAUUACCGAAAUUGUUUUAAAAGGAAUACUCUGUGCAUGGACUGUAUGUGACUGCACUCAUUGAGUAACAAGGUGUAACUGAGCAUGGAGAAUUUGUAGGGCAGUUGGUGAAGUAUUAUAGUCACUUUUUGCACAUUACGAGGCAUGAUAGAUAAUAAUGUGGCAUUUGAAAUCAAGAAGGUCUGUAUCGUUUAGGUAGUUCUGUUUGUUUAUUUUGUCAUGACUUCACUUUCUAGUAUCAGUCAUGCUAAGGCCCUUUU